GGUUGUCUCCUCACCAGACUAUGAGCUCCUUGAAAGAAGGAACCGUGUGCUAUUCAUCUUUAUAUUCCCAGACUGGGACAACUGUCGAUACAUAGUUUAAGCUGAAUUUUGGGAGAUGGCCACUGCUUCACCCAGGUCUGAUACUAGUAAUAACCACAGUGAAAGGUUACAGUUACAGGUGACUGUUUCUAGUGCCAAACUAAAAAGAAAAAAGAACUGGUUUGGAACAGCAAUAUAUACAGAAGUAGUUGUAGAUGGAGAAAUCAAAAAAACAGCAAAAUCCAGUAGUUCUUCUAAUCCAAAAUGGGAUGAACAGUUAACUGUAAGUGUGACACCACAGACUACACUGGAAUUUCGAGUUUGGAGUCAUCACACUUUAAAAGCAGAUGCUUUAUUAGGAAGAGCAACUAUAGAUUUGAAACAAGCUCUGUUAAUGCAUAAUAGAAAAUUGGAGAAAGUAAAAGAACAAUUAAAACUUUCUUUGGAAAAUAAGAAUGGCAUAGUGCAAACUGGUGAAUUGACUGUUGUACUUGAUGGAUUAGUGAUUGAGCAAGAAAAUCUUCCAGCCUGCACCUCAUCUCCAACCAUAGAAAUACAGCAAAAUGGUGAUGCCUUACAUGAAAAUGGAGAGCCGUCAGCCCGAACAACUACCAGGUUGGCUAUUGAAGGUACUAAUGGAGUGGAUGACCGUGCACCUACAAACGCUAUAGUCCAAAACGCAUGCCAUUUGUAUAUAGUUAACGGAGACAGUGCACCGUCGCCUCCAUCUCAGGUUGCUGCCAGACCCCCAAACACACCAGCUGCAAAAUCACUCUCCUCUGAGCCUACCAGUGAUACUGUUAAUGGAGAAUCAUCCUCAUCUGCACCAACUGAUCAUACUUCUACCAUGGAUGUUCCUGUAGCGUCUGAAGAAACCUCUUUAACUUCAAAUUGCACUAGUGCUGCCAUAGAAGAUCCUCCCCUUCAAGAGAUAGCAGCUUCCUCAGAACACAGUGAAUGUAUCCCUUCAUCCAGUGCAGAACUAGAAUCUGAAGCUAGGAGAACAGACCCUGACUCAUCUAAUUCUGGAAGUAGUUCUGCUUUUGACAAAUUAAGGCAGUCUGAUGGGUGUGUGGAACCUGGACGACAGCAGUCUGCAAAUACCAACGCAGAAUCUUUGCCAUCGGGGUGGGAACAGAGAAAAGAUCCUCAUGGUAGAACCUACUAUGUAGAUCAUAACACUCGAACCACCACCUGGGAGAGACCACAACCCUUGCCUCCGGGCUGGGAAAGAAGAGUUGAUGAUCGUGGAAGGGUUUAUUAUGUGGAUCAUAACACCAGAACAACAACGUGGCAGCGGCCUACCAUGGAAUCUGUUCGAAAUUUUGAACAGUGGCAAUCUCAGCGGAACCAGCUGCAGGGAGCUAUGCAACAGUUCAACCAGCGAUACCUCUAUUCGGCUUCAAUGUUAGCUGCAGAAAAUGACCCAUAUGGUCCUUUGCCACCAGGCUGGGAAAAAAGAGUGGAUUCAACAGACAGGGUGUACUUUGUAAAUCAUAACACAAAAACAACUCAGUGGGAAGACCCAAGAACCCAAGGUUUGCAGAAUGAAGAACCCUUGCCAGAAGGCUGGGAAAUUAGGUAUACACGGGAAGGUGUUAGGUACUUUGUUGAUCAUAACACAAGAACGACAACAUUCAAAGAUCCUCGCAAUGGGAAGUCAUCUGUAACUAAGGGUGGUCCACAGAUUGCUUAUGAACGCAGCUUUAGGUGGAAACUUGCUCACUUCCGUUAUUUGUGCCAGUCUAAUGCACUACCCAGUCAUGUAAAGAUCAAUGUGUCCCGGCAGACAUUAUUUGAAGAUUCCUUCCAACAGAUUAUGGCAUUAAAACCCUAUGACUUAAGAAGGCGAUUAUAUGUAAUAUUUAGAGGAGAAGAAGGACUUGAUUAUGGUGGCCUAGCAAGAGAAUGGUUUUUCUUACUCUCACAUGAAGUUUUGAACCCAAUGUAUUGCUUAUUUGAGUAUGCGGGCAAAAACAACUAUUGUCUACAGAUUAAUCCAGCAUCAACCAUUAAUCCAGACCAUCUUUCAUACUUCUGUUUCAUCGGUCGCUUUAUUGCAAUGGCACUAUUUCAUGGAAAAUUUAUUGAUACUGGUUUCUCUUUACCAUUCUACAAACGCAUGCUAAGUAAAAAGCUUACUAUUAAGGAUUUGGAAUCCAUUGAUACUGAAUUUUAUAACUCCCUUAUCUGGAUAAGAGAUAACAACAUUGAAGAAUGUGGCUUAGAAAUGUAUUUCUCUGUUGACAUGGAGAUUUUGGGAAAGGUUACUUCACAUGACCUGAAGUUGGGAGGUUCUAAUAUCCUGGUGACUGAGGAGAAUAAAGAUGAAUAUAUAGGUUUAAUGACAGAAUGGCGUUUUUCUCGAGGAGUACAAGAACAGACUAAAGCGUUCCUUGAUGGUUUUAAUGAAGUUGUUCCCCUUCAGUGGCUGCAGUACUUUGAUGAAAAAGAAUUGGAGGUUAUGCUGUGUGGCAUGCAGGAGGUGGACUUAGCGGAUUGGCAAAGGAAUACCGUUUAUCGACAUUAUACAAGAAACAGCAAACAAAUAAUUUGGUUUUGGCAGUUUGUGAAAGAGACAGACAAUGAGGUGAGAAUGCGACUGCUGCAGUUUGUCACUGGAACCUGCCGUUUACCUCUCGGAGGAUUUGCCGAGCUCAUGGGAAGUAAUGGGCCUCAAAAAUUUUGUAUUGAAAAAGUUGGCAAAGACACCUGGUUACCAAGAAGCCAUACGUGUUUUAAUCGCUUGGAUCUACCACCAUAUAAGAGUUACGAACAACUAAAGGAAAAACUUCUUUUUGCAAUAGAAGAGACAGAGGGAUUUGGACAAGAGUGAAUGUGGCUUUUUGUCUUGGAGGAGCGCUUGAAUUUAAAUACCCCAGCCAAGAAAAAUUGCGCAUAGUGUAUAUAAGCUGUUCAUUCUGUACAGUGAAUUGUCUUAACCUCUCAAAGCAAAAACGUUUUCCGUUCUUCCACAGAAAUAUGCAAAACAGUUCAUCGUUUUCUACUUUAUUUAUUGUUCCCUUGAAAUGACGACCAGGAAAAAGAUCAUCCUUAAAUUUUGAAGCAAGAGACUUUAUUAAAAAGUAUAUAUCUAUAAAAGCAUAUAUGAUAGUGGCUCUAGUUUUAUAGAGCUUCAGGUGUAUUAAACAUGACAGCUGUUCAUUCACAAAGAUCUGAAUUUGCUUUACCUUGUUUCUGUGACCCAGGGGAAAUGUGCAAAAAUUGCUCCAUGUUCUUCUCCCUUAUGCAACAUCUCCAGAGGGUGUUUAGUUGCAUGGCUAUCAGGAAGGUAUUAAGGGCUUGGGCCAAAUCUCAAGUGUAUUAAAAAUGCUGCUGACUUUUCUGAAGACAGGUACUUAACCCUGUCAGUUUGUUUUAAAUAAAUACAAUAGUGAAAAAUUUCCCUCUUCGCUACAUCAGUAAUAUAGUAAGAGUAAUGAGUGAAACUGUAACUUACAUGGAAAUCAUAUGCUAGAUUUAAUAAAAUUUAGUUUGUUAUGGAGGUUGGAAACAAUUCAUUGAGCAGCAGAGAGGUUUUGUUCACAUUACUUUGGGAUGAUAGUUACUUGUGAAAUUAAAAAGAAUUGGCUGUUAAGAUCUGUGAUUCUUUAAUUCACAAUAAAUUGAUAUAGUUUGAUACUUGAAAACAUUUAAAAGGUAAUGCAAAGUUUACCAUUUUUGUUCGUGUUCAACGUUUGGUUUUAUAAAACCAAAUAAAUAAAACAGAUGGAUUGAAAAGAGUUACAAAAACAUUUGAACACUAAAACUGGAAACUAAUGAUUUUCCAUUUGUGUUUAAAUGUCUUCACUCAAUUUAAAUUCAUGGAAAUUCUGUGUAUCUGAAAAAGCGUAAACCCCCUUUUACAUAGAUCAAUUUAUUUUUAUCAUAACAGUACUUUGUAUUUCAUUAUAAAGGGCAUUUUUGAACUACAAAAAUGUAUAAAACAAAUAAAAAUUUGAUGUGAAUAAUAUAAUGCUCUUAGCAAACUAGGCUUCCUAAUACAGGAAUUUUAAUUUCCAGUUUUAAUCAUGCUUUCCAGUAUGCACUGUAAAUUUCAUUAACUUAACACUUUUUAUAAAUAUGGAACUGACUUUUCAGGGUUGUUACCUGUAAAUAUUCCACCACUCAGUACAUAUGGAAAAUACUAAUAUACAGUCUAACUUCCAUAAAGACUAGCUUUUUGCUUUGCCAAGAUUUUAUUUUUCUACAUAUUGGACUGUGUUUUGAAUUUGUACUUAAAACCCAUAGUAAAUACGAAAUAAAGGCAGUGACAGUUAGUUGAUGAGACUCCUUUCCCAAAUCCUAACUACAAACAUUCUGGUUAUUUUUAAGCCUAAUUUUUUGUUUGUUUUUAAAUGUGUAUGUUAGGUUACACAGUAGAGGCUAACCACUGUUCAUCAGGAACAAUGUCAGACAAAUUCUGUUACAAAGAAUUUACUGUCAUUCAGUGGCAGUGCAAGAGAACAUAAGUUAGCAGAUUGGACAGGCAGGGAUAGAGGUUCAGGGGGCUAGUCCUAGUAAGAAAUUACCAUGUGCCAGAGAGGCUUCAGAGAGUGCACACGAGACCACAGCAGCUUACAAAAAGACUUAAUUUGGAGACCCCAUUUCACACCCUGCUGUAAAUACAAGAAAAAUACAAAGCUAUCUUAUCUACUCAUUGGCAGAACAGCUAGAAAAAUGUGACCCACUACUCUUUCCUUCCUCCACCUCCUAACUGAUCUAAGCUGGAACAGCCAAAGGGAAAGUGGAAGUACGAGGCUCACUGUGCCUGGACACAGUUCAUGAGCAAACAGUAGACAAGAGGAAGAGUCAAAGAUGGGUUCACAUUUCUACUUCAUUUUGGUGACACUACCUCCACCAUCAGUAAAAGAAGGUUGGGACACAUUUUCACCAGUCCCAUUAGUUUUUGUCUGUCUGCCAGAAAAAGAACCUACCAGUACUUGAUGUUUUUUCUUUACUUCUUUAAGUUAAAAGUGAAAAUUUCACCAUUUCCCCCUGCUGACUUCAGUACCUGUGUCCCAUUACCCUGAAAACCAUGUAGGAUGGUACGUGUCAGCUCUGUUGUCAGGCAGCUUCACUCCUGCUUAAAAUGACUGAGUGCUAAGCUCUAUCUGGACAGAGAAAACUGCAGAUACAGAAUAGGAAGCUUUGGGUUUCUGUGAGGGUGAAACCUGGAAUUGCCGAUCCCUCAUGAGGACUUGUCACUUGAGGGGAUGAUGGUUUGCAGAAGCUCGUAAAGUGCUGUGACAAAACAUCUUCCGAAGGAGGCCCAGCAUUGCUCCACCGGCCAGUUACAGUUCUUACUAGAUUGCUGACUAAACCAGUACCUUGCUAACACCUGUUGCAGGUCUGCUGAAUGCUAAUGUCUGAAUGUGGAACAACCUGAAAACAAAUCUGUUGAAAUAUAUGGAGGGGAAAAUAAAAGUUCUCCAACACUC